GUUGGAUGUGUCGGGACUGAGAGCUCAGGAGCCCAAGGGACGGAUCCGGACCUAGCCGGCCCGCCAGGCCAUGGCGCCCUCUGGGCUCCUCGUGACCGGCGCCUCCUUCGCCGCCUUCCGGGGGCUGCACUGGGGGCUGCAGCUUCUGCCCACGCCGGGAUCUGCUGCCCAGGACCGUUGGAAGUGGCGGAACAUCUGUGUCUCCCUGGUUCACAGCCUGCUUACGGGGGCCGGGGCGCUGCUCGGGCUGUCGCUGUACCCUCAGAUGGCUGCCGACCCGAUUCAUGGCCACCCGUCCUGGGCCCUGGUGCUGGUGGCUAUAUCUGUGGGUUAUUUCCUGGCCGAUGGAGCUGACAUGCUGUGGAACCAGACGUUGGGCCAGGCCUGGGAACUUCUUUGUCACCAUUUGGUGGUAGUGAGCUGCCUCAGCACCGCCAUUCUCUCUGGCCACUAUGUGGGCUUCUCUGUGGUAUCUCUGCUCCUGGAGCUGAACUCCACCUGCCUGCACCUACGAAAGCUGCUGCUGCUUUCUCGCCAGGCCCCAUCCCUGGCCUUCAGUGUGACCAGCUGGGCCACCCUGGCUACCCUGGCCGUCUUCCGCCUGGUUCCGCUGGGAUGGAUGAGUCUGUGGCUGAUCCAGCAACGCCACCAGGUACCUAUUGUUCUGGUCAUCCUUGGUGGAACUGGACUGGUCACUGUGGGUGCUACGAGCAUCACACUGGGUGUCCGCAUUUUGGUCAAUGAUGUCCUUCGGUCUCGGCCCCGCCCACCCAUCCCUGAGCACAAGGAAACCAGGGGCACCAGGACAUGUUGCGAUGGUGAGCCUGUCACCAGGGAUGAUUCUACUCUCAGCCUGAAAGACUGAAGAGAAGCCUCAGUCUCCUCCUCUGCCAGUCCUGGGGGAGGUAGAACCAGGACAAGGAGAUGGUGGUCUUCAAUGCACUGUCCCCCAGGGGUAAGGCCUGGACUGGGUUUUCAGUAUCUCAGUUCCUCUUCCAGCUAACUCCUGCAUUCCUAGGAUCUGAGAAGAAAUGCUAAUAUUCAUGGGUGCUUGGGAACCUGGGCUAUUGUUCACUGAAUCCCAUCAUCAGUUGACCCGCCCUUUCCAGCAAACUAACUCCAGAGGUAUAGCCUGUGUUACCAAUAAAGGGUGGCAGGAGGCAUGAAGCUGGAUGAAACUGCCAAUGGGAACAGAGACCCUUCGCUUUAGCCCAGGAAUGGAUGAGGAAAGAUGAAGUCCUACUAGGAUCAGAGAGAGAUCUAGUACCAAAGGGGUGGAAUUGGAGAGAAGAGAGACCUCACCUAUGACCAAAUGAUGGCAGAGGGAGGAGGGCACAACAGGUGAACAGGUGCUAUGCGUAGCCAGUAGGGAUGGACAUAACGGUUGCCAAGAGACAGAAGAAAUUGGACCACAACAAUUGCUGGUGAUAUUUCUGGUUCUCAAAGUCACACUAUUCUGUUUGUACUUCACCCUAGUCCUAUACUGAAGUCCAGAGCCAUAGCAGGAACUCAGCCACCCAUUCUGGGUGCCCAGUGUAGGGUCUUCUCAGGGCCAGGCUUUCAUGGAAGAAUGAGGGCAGAGGCAGCCGAUGAGGUACGGCUUCCACUCGGCUGCAGAGGAAUUAAGGAAUAUCUGACUCUUCUGGAAUUCAUCUGCAAGCUCCCCUUUGUCCCCUGCUGCUUCCACUGCAUUUUUUUCUGUAGCACAAGACCCCUCCCUUCUUCAGGCAGAACAUCCAGGUUAUGGGAAGUUAAGCAGAUUAAAGUUGCUAUUCUACUAAACAAUGGACAGAAAUAGAUAACCCUUAAUUAUCCACAGAAAAGAUACAUGAGCAAGAGCAAGAGUCAGGAAGAUGAACGCAUAAAGUGGAGCUCGAGAGAGACAAAGGGAAUGAAAGCAACAGACAUAUACUGAUUGAAGGACAGAUAGAAAGAAAAAGAUUUGCUUCAGAGAAGACACAGAGACGAAGAGAGAUGGAGGGCAAGACAGAAUCCUUGGCAGAAAUAGAGAAAGUCUGUUAUAGAUGCGGAGAAGAACGAAAAUCAUAGAAUUGGUUAAAUGGUCAUAAACAAAGAGGACAAGCAAAAUGGAAAUAAAGGCUGACAGGAAGGGAUCCCAAAGGUGGAAGGUACAGAUAGUCUAGACAGUGAAACGGGGAGAGUGAGUGACAAGGAGGAACCACCAGACUCCUGGGAGACAGAGGUAAUAGUGGCUGGUAGAUUAGCAGAGGGAGACGAGAGAGAGGUGGAAAUAGAGAUGAGGGGGAUGAGUCAGGGGAGCUGAGAAGCAGAAGAACAGAAGGUGGAGGAGGCAGUCAAUGGAAAGAUUCAUUGACAGAAAAAGCAGGCAAUAUGUUGAGUUGGAGACGGGCAGAAAGACAAAGGACAAACAGCUACAGUGCACAACACAGAGACAGGGGUUGACAGGAACUGAGAGGCAGAGACUGGUAGGACGAUGAGAAGUAAGCAUCGGGAAUGUGAAAUGACAGAAGAAUAAGCAAAGGGACUGAAGAGAAGCACAGAAAACGGGGGUGGGGGAGGGCAGAAUGGUGAAAUAAACAUCCAGAGGAAGGAACAAGGAAAAGGAGGGAGCACAGAGAUGGAGAGAGGAAAAAGCAUCGUAGAGACGGGAUAAAAGAGAGAGAGGGAUUGUGAGAUAUCCCCAUCAGAGAGUCAUUAAGACCAAAGCACAAAGGGGGGAAAUGAUGAACAGAGACUGAGGAGAAACUGCGACAGUUGGAAGUAAACGCAGGCAGAAAACAAGAGCAGAGGGCUUGAAUGUAAUCAGACUAAAACCAGAGAUGCAAAGGUGUGGAAGUUGAGGUAGAGAAACGAAGCAGAAUUCUGUCAGAGUUUGUCCUUAACGGACGUAGUAUCUUCAAACCUCCAUUUGCUAUUUUAACCAAAUGCCUUGAUUAACAAAAACAUUGUUUUCAGCUUUCGAAGAAAAAGAAAUGUGACAAACCCAUGGGAGGAAUCUGUUCCCUAUGUGUUCAUGUCAGUAUUGAUUCAUUCCCAG